AGCGCCUCCAUAGACUUUGUUCGAGCGUUGGGUUGCAGAGCUUAUGUUCUCCUUCGUCAAGCAUGAAGCUUUCCGGAGCAUGGCGGCAAAAUCAACCGUCACCCUUGUCUUCAAACAAUUUCCCCCUUACAAUUUCAAGCUUCAUCCCUUCAAUUUUUCGACCCAAAAUCUUCAAAAUCGGGAAAGUUUUGACUCUGCUAGAACCCAGAAAAGCGGUAAGUUUCUCGUCUACUGCAACUCUCAGAUCACAAAACUUGGAAGGAAUGGGUGUAUUAAGGAAGCAGAGUCCGUUUUCAAUCGUAUGCCUCAUAAGAGCACCGUCUCCUGGACUGCUAUGCUCACUGCAUACGCUGAAAACGGCGAAAUAAAUAAAGCCCAGGAAGUGUUCGACAAAAUGCCGGACCGAAGUAUUGCAUCCUAUAAUGCGAUGAUUACGGCUUAUCAUCGGAGGAACAUGGUAAAUGAGGCUUUUGAGUUGUUUUCUAGCAUGCCUCAGCGUAAUUCUGUUUCCUAUGCUACCAUGAUCACUGGGUUUGUGCGUGUUGGAAUGUUUGAGAUGGCCGAAAAGUUGCAUUGGGAAAAUCCGGGUAUGGUGUCGUCUAAUGUGUUAAUCAAUGGGUAUUUGAAGGCGGGGAGAAUAGAAGAUGCGGUUCGGAUCUUUGAUGGCAUGGAAGAAAAAGGUGUGGUUUCUUGGAGCUCCAUGAUUGAUGGGCUCUGCAAAGUUGGGAAGAUUGUUGAUGCUAGAAAGCUGUUUGACAAAAUGCCUGAAAGAAAUGUGGUUACUUGGACAACAAUGAUUAAUGGGUAUAUGAAGAUGGGAAAUUUUAAAGAUGGUUUCACAUUGUUUCUAAAUAUGAGAAGGGAAAGGGUGGAGGUUAAUGCAACUACCUUGACUGUUUUGUUUGAAGCCUGUGGUUGUUUGGAUCGAUAUAGAGAAGGAAUUCAGAUCCAUGGAUUGGUUCUGUCCUUGGGGCUCGACUUCGAUGCUUAUCUAGCCAAUUCUAUGAUUGCGAUGUAUUCUAGAUGUCAUUCUAUUAAUGCAGCUGCUACAAUAUUUGAUUUAAUGGUUCAGAAAGAUAUAGUUACAUGGAAUUCUUUGAUUGCAGGUUAUGUUCAAUCCGGGGACAUCGAAAAAGCUUUCUUUCUAUUCGAGAAUAUGCCACAAAAGGACGUCGUUUCCUGGACAACUUUGAUUUCUGGAUUUGCCAGCAAGGGGAUGAUUGAUAAAUCCAUUGGUUUGUUUCAAAUGAUGCCUGAGAAGGAUGAUAUUGCUUGGACUGCUGUAAUUUCAGGGCUCGUGAGCAAUGAGGAAUACGAGACAGCUUUCCAUUGGUUUAUUGAGAUGCUUCAGAAAGCAAUCAAGCCAAAUCCACUCACUUUGAGCUGUGUGCUUAGUGCUGCCGCAGGUGUAGCAAUAUUAAGCCAAGGGUUGCAGUUCCAUGCUCUUGUGACAAAGAUGAGUAUGGAAUAUGAUUUAUCAAUCCAAAACUCUCUAGUUUCUAUGUAUUCAAAGUGUGGAAAUGUGGGUGAUGCAUUGAGGAUGUUCUAUUAUAUUGAGGCUCCUAAUGUUGUUACUUACAAUUCCAUUAUCACUGGGCUAGCUCAGAAUGGACUUGGGAAAGAAUCACUGAAGUUAUUCACGAAAAUGCAGGACGAAUACCUGGAACCUAAUCAGAUCACGUUUCUAGGCGUUCUUUCGGCAUGCGUUCAUGUGGGAUUUGUGGAAGAGGGAUGGAGAUUCUUUAAUCUAAUGAGUUCAUUGUAUAAUAUUCAACCUCAUGUAGAUCACUAUGCGUGCAUGGUUGAUCUUCUUUGCCGAGCUGGGAGGUUCAAUGAAGCAGUUGAUUUGAUUUCUUCUAUGCCAUUUGAUCCUCACGAGGGUGUUUGGGGAGCAAUGCUUGGAGCAAGCUGGACCCAUCUGCGUCUUGAUGUUGCAGAGCUUGCAGCUCAUAAUCUCUUUGAACUGGAACCUAAUAGUGCAACACCUUACGUGAUUUUAUCUAAUUUACACUCUGUUUCAGGUGAUAAGCGGAAAGAUGAGGUUAUAAGGUCGAUGAAGAUAUCGAAAGGGAUAAAGAAGAGUCCAGGUUGUAGUUGGAUAAUAGUUAAGGAUAAAAUCCAUCUGUUCUAUGCAGGAGAUCGAUCCCACAAAGACAUCGAAGAGAUGACGGAAAUUAUACACGCACUGGCAGCAGAAAUAGGAGAUUCAAUCCGGCUUAGAGAGACGACUUGAGAUUUUCUCGGUCGUUGAUUGGGGUUUUGAUAGGGGUUGGACAGCUCCUGGAACUGACGAAAAAGGAGAAGAGAAUGAGAGCAAAAGAGAAAGAAAAGAAAAGAGACCGUGAAGUCCAACGUUUGAAGGGAGAGGAAAAGGAAGAAGACGAAGACAGAGUUUAGCCAAACGAAGACAAGACCGUUUGAAGUGGUUUGAAGUGCCUCAAGAGAUGGGGAUCGGUGUGUGGAACAAAGGCAAGACUGUUUGAAGUGGUUCGAAGUGCCUCAGGAGAUGGGGAUUGGGGUGUUGAACUAAGACAAGACCGUUUGAAGUGGCUCGAAGUGCCUCAGGGGAUGGGGAUAGGGGUGUGAAACAAAGACAAGAUCGUUUGAAGUGGUUCAAAGUGCCACCGGGGAUGGGGAUCGGGGUGUGAAACAAAGACAAGACCGUUUGAAGUGGUGGAAGUGCCUCAGGGGAUGGGGAUCUGGGUGUGAACCAAAGACAAAACCGUUUGAAGUGGUUCGAAGUGCCUCAGGGAAUGGGGAUCAGGGUGUGGAACAAAUACAAGACCGUUUGGAGUGGUUCGAAAUGCCUCAGGGGAUGGGGAUCAGGGUGUGGAACAAAGACAAGACCGUUGGAAGUGGUUCGAAGUGCCUUAGGGGAUGGGGGAUCGGGUGUGGAACAAAGACAAAACCGUUUGAAGUGGUUCGAAGUGCCUCAAGAGAUGGGGAUCGGAGUGUGCAACAAAGACAAGACCGUUUGAAGUGGUUCGAAGUGCCUCCAGAGAUGGGGGUCGAGGUGUAGUAGCUAUAGCAGCAGCUGCUACACCCAAAAUGAGCAUCACUGCACGUCAGGGGCGAGCUUGAAGCAUUAGUUGUCUUUGCAGGUCUUGUUGUUUCCUUCCGUUUAGAGCCCCGAUUUGAACAUUAAAACCAGCACCAAUCUGAUGGCCCAAAACAAAAUAAUGGUUAAAAAAAAAAAACAAAUCUCAUCAGUUCAUCAAUCUAAUAUGUUGAAGAAAUUAAAAGACUUGAAGGUUUGUUUUCAAAUUAAAUUGGAAUUUUCAUUCAUUCAUUUAUGAUAGUUUUAUGGAUUAAAAGAA